CGUCCACGUGCGCAUAACGACGCUCUCCACUUUCACGCGCGCACACUCGUAGCGAAUUUCCUUAUUGGGACGAACAGUUUCCCAGCAGUAGGCGAUCGCAAUUGACUUCGCUUUCAUCCAGCUUAGCGUCGGUGGCAAAGACACAGUUACGGACUCCGCAAGGCAAAGUAAUUAUACAAGUUAUCAUAUCAUUCUCGGCCGAAACGGUGCAGGCAGAAGAACAGAUAUCGUUACCCAAGCAGCACCGACGAUUGCCUGAGACACAGCUACACGCUUGAGUGAGACACGCUUUUAUAGGCAGACGAUAGAAAUAUUAAAGCAGCAACGAUACCCCGAGAUAGAAUGUCUGAACAUAUUUUGAGAGCAUUACUGUUGUGCGUGGCUGUUCUCCUAAUGACGUCACCACCAAGGACGACAGCGCAACCCCAUGAUCGAUGGAUCAAAACCGAAAACGAAGUGGACGGUGCUAAGGGUUACUACAUCCUGCCAAAGAGAGCUCAAUGGAUUGUCUAUAAUACCGGUCUGAAGGGACAUGGCAAACGCGAUGAAAACACAAUCGCGGAUCACGUACCAAUUGACAUGAUCUCGUCCCUGAAUCAGGACGACUCACCGCCAUCGUUCAACGACAACGACCACAGGCAGAAGAUGUUUAACUUUCUACGGAGAAUGCUCGCAGAACAGACCGCAGCUGAGAACAAGGAAUGACCUUGAGAGGGAACAUGACGUGUCUGAUCUCACAUGAGCCGAUCUCGAAAAGCGGUUACGCAAGUUUUGUCAUUUAUUCACGUUUUUUCCAAUUUCAACCCGUUAUAUUCUGAUUUAGUUAUACUAGCAGAUAUACCCGUACAACCACCAAAUCUUGCCUUAAAAUAUAAACUUCAUGUAAGUGACACAGUUGAAGUUAAAUAUUUCAUGCAACUGAAAAGAAAA